AGAGGAGCCACCGUCAGGCGCCCUUCCCAGCGGGCUGCUGUGGCCGGCGGGUGUCUGGGGCCAGCGCCAGGUCCACAGGGCCGGCCCCUCGCCUCCUCCCCGCAAGCAGCCGUCGAGGCGCUGACUCCUCGCAGCCAUGGCCUCAGCAGGGGCCGAGAGGCGGCCCGGGGCCCCGGAGGGCACCGCCGCGGGGCCGGCACAGCUCUCGGAGUCGUCCGGUGGCCACGCUCAGAGCUCUGAGUGUCCAGUGAUGGCAGACCGGUGCCUGGUACCAGCCUAUGAGGCCUGCCGGACCCUGGGUGAAGACAAGGGCCCAGCAGGACCAGUCUCAGAGCCGGAGCUCCAGGAGGAACAACUCAGGCUGGAAGAAGAGAGGCUCAAGCUAGAGGUGGAGUCGUUAGAGGAGAGAGGCCCCAGGCCCACGGCCUCCGUUGUAAGGACCAGUCACGGUCCGAAGAGGAAGCCUGUCAACCCCCUGUCCCCCAGCUUUCCAGGGCCCAGCCACCAAGCCCAUCCUAGGGUUGAAGUGGAGAUGCCACAGGGCCUGCCGUUGCAGAAGGAGGAGCCAGAAAGUAGCCAGAGUGAGCCCUUACCAUCUGCCAAACAGCACAAAAAAGCCAAGAAGCGCAAGAGUCUGGGGGCUCCAGUGCUCCCAGCAAUGACCAGUACAGUGUCUGCGCCUUCAGAGACGUUGGGGCUGGAGCCUCUUGCCCUGCCCUGGGUCUUUGCAGGAAAGGCCCAGCGCCUGCGGCCCCUGUACCAGUACAUCAACUAUUGCAAUCCCGAGCUGAAUCAGGCAGGGGAGGGGGACAGGGAGGCUGAGGCAGAGCUGGAGCCUGAGUUGGAGCUGGCCCUGAUCCCCGAGGAAGCAGGUGUGGAGCAACUGCAGGCCUUGCUGCCCGUGGCAGGUGAGCUGGCCUCAAGCCUCACUUUGCCUUGCCCCAGUACAUUUGUGUCUUCCACCCAUGCUCUGGUUCCCCUGGGAGAGGAGGUUGGAGAGGAGCCCGGUUGUUUGCCCAGCUUGGGGGUCAGCGGCCGCCUCAAGGCUGAGGUGGAUAAAUCAACCCAGGUGGACAUCAACAGGAUGCUGAGUGUUUGCGCCGCCCCACUUGUACCUCCACUCUCCCCUCAGUACAAGUGACUUUCCUGCCUCCUUCCCCAUUGGUGGCUCCCCAUCUCCAAAGCCCGAAUCAGAGCAGCAGCCUUAGGCCCUGGGGGACGGAGGUAAAUUAGUCCCUCUCCCUACUUGGAACCUUGGACUUGCUGAAAAUAAACAUUUUUCCUUUUCUGAGA